AUGUCGGCGGAAAUGAGGGCUCUGGACUCUGACCCUCGUGGUUCCGAGUCAAAUUCCCCAUCGUCUUCGUUCCAGCUCUGGACUCACGGCAAGAACAUCUCAUUGAGAAGUCAAAUGCAGAAGGUCUUUGCACAACGACCAGGGGCUUCGUCGUCUCUGCAACUUAGGAAAAGAAUGACCAGGGCGCUCACCAUACUCUGCCUAGUGGCCGUGGGCGCCGUGGGCGUGAGCGCCAGCGCCUCGAGCACCGCCCCCAGCCCCGCCCCCAGCCCCGGCCCCAGCCCCGGCCCCAGCCCCGGCCCCAGCCCCGGCACCAGCCCCGCCCCCAGCCCCAGCCCUGCCCCCAGCCCCGACCCCAGCCCCGACCCCAGCCCCGACCCCAGCCCCGGCCCGGCCCUCGUCCGGCCUCAGCGCGACGACGACUUCUCCAUCGAAAUCUUCGACCCCGAGUACGAGCUUCUCUUCGGCGGCUUCUCUGGGGAACGCCAGACUGGUCUACUGGGCUUCCGACCCGGACCCUUGGGUCUAGGAUUCCAGGCUAAUCAGGCAGGCCAGACGGUCAGCUACCAGGCUACUCAGGCAAGCAAGACGGUAAGCUUCCAUGCUUCUUCGGGAGGGCAUCCGGUCGGAUUCCAGGGCCAGAGGGGCAGGCCAGGCAGUCGAUUCCCAUCUCCGGGAAGUGGAAGUGGAUUCCCGUCAGGAGGAAGUGGAUCCUUAUCUGGAGCAGGUGGAUUCCCGUCAGGUGGAAGUGGAUUCCCGUCAGGAGAUGGAUCCUUGUCUGGAGCAGGUGGAUUCCCGUCAGGUGGAAGUGGAUCACUGUCUGGAGCAGGUGGAUUCCCGUCAGGUGGAAGUGGAUCCCUGUCUGGAGCAGGUGGAUUCCCGUCAGGUGGAAGUGGAUCACUGUCUGGAGCAGGUGGAUUCCCGACAGGAAGUGGAUCCUUCUCUGGAGCAGGUGGAUUCCCGUCAGGUGGAAGUGGAUUCCCGUCAGGAGAUGGAUCCUUGUCUGGAGCAGGUGGAUUCCCGUCAGGUGGAAGUGGAUUCCCGUCAGGAGAUGGAUCCUUGUCUGGAGCAGGUGGAUUCCCGUCAGGUGGAAGUGGAUCACUGUCUGGAGCAGGUGGAUUCCCGUCAGGUGGAAGUGGAUCCCUGUCUGGAGCAGGUGGAUUCCCGUCAGGUGGAAGUGGAUUCCCGUCAGGAGAUGGAUCCUUGUCUGGAGCAGGUGGAUUCCCAUCAGGUGGAAGUGGAUUCCCGUCAGGAGAUGGAUCCUUGUCUGGAGCAGGUGGAUUCCCGUCAGGUGGAAGUGGAUUCCCGUCAGGAGAUGGAUCCUUGUCUGGAGCAGGUGGAUUCCCGUCAGGUGGAAGUGGAUUCCCGUCAGGAGAUGGAUCCUUGUCUGGAGCAGGUGGAUUCCCGUCAGGUGGAAGUGGAUCACUGUCUGGAGCAGGUGGAUUCCCGUCAGGUGGAAGUGGAUCCCUGUCUGGAGCAGGUGGAUUCCCGUCAGGUGGAAGUGGAUCACUGUCUGGAGCAGGUGGAUUCCCGUCAGGUGGAAGUGGAUCCCUGUCUGGAGCAGGUGGAUUCCCGUCAGGUGGAAGUGGAUCACUGUCUGGAGCAGGUGGAUUCCCGUCAGGUGGAAGUGGAUCACUGUCUGGAGCAGGUGGAUUCCCGACAGGAAGUGGAUCCUUCUCUGGAGCAGGUGGAUUCCCGUCAGGUGGAAGUGGAUUCCCGUCAGGAGAUGGAUCCUUCUCUGGAGCAGGUGGAUUCCCGUCAGGUGGAAGUGGAUUCCCGUCAGGAGAUGGAUCCUUCUCUGGAGCAGGUGGAUUCCCGUCAGGUGGAAGUGGAUCACUGUCUGGAGCAGGUGGAUUCCCGUCAGGAGGAAGUGGAUUCCCGUCAGGAGAUGGAUCCUUGUCUGGAGCAGGUGGAUUUUCGUCAGGGGGAAGUGGAACCUCGGCUGGAAAAGGUGGAUUCCCUGGAGGACGUACUCGCUCAUCUGGCAGAGGCUGAUCCUCCUCUGGAAAGACACUCAAGUUGGCUACUAAAAAUAUCCACUUUAUCUGUGACCUGACGAGCUUCUGUUCAUUAAAGUCUAUUUUCUCUGAAACACAGA